AUGAUCAUCGGCGGCGUUGAUAUCGUCAGUCGCCAAAUUGUGCGAAACCUCCUCAAUGCAUCCCACCAACAACAACCUUGUGGCGUAGACCUCACUCUUCGCUGUAUAUCCAGAUGGACCUCUCCAGCCACAAUCGACUUUGACAACACACACCGUCAAGCUGCCAGAACAUCCAUCAUUCCCUUUUGCCCCAAAACAAAUACUGUCACCCUACAAGCUGGAGCAUAUCUGGUCGAUUUCAACGAGACUGUCAAGAUACCGAGAAAUUGCAUGGGCAGCGUGUUUCCUCGAUCGAGCUUAUGGAGGAGUGGUGUAGGUCUACAGGCUGGCGUUGUGGAUGCUGGGUAUGAAGGUGCGAUGGGUGCACUUUUAGAGGUCAAGAACCCUUGUGGGCUUGUUCUGUAUAAGGAUGCAAAAUUGGCACAGCUUGUUUUGGAGCAGAUGGAGCGAGAGGUGGAGGGAUACAACGGGGUCUAUCAGUCAUCAACCAGUAGCGUCGGAGUUGACGGUGCGAAGCAAAUCUGA